AUGUUUUCCGAACCAUGUGAUCCAUUGAAGCACACUAGCAUGUAUCAGAGGGCGGAAGAAGAUAGCGAGGACAGUGACGGUGAAGGAGGACUUGGAAAUGUAAGCCGGGUUAUCAUUCGACCUCCAGGUCACAGUGGCAAAGCGAAACGUGGUCACCUGUGCUUCGAUGCCGCCUUUGAAACUGGUAAUCUGGGCCGAGUAGAUUUGGUAGGUGAAUUUGAGUACGAUUUGUUUCUGAGGCCCGACACCUGCAACCCGAGGUACCGCUUCUGGUUCAACUUCACCGUGGAUAACGUCAAACAGGACCAACGGGUAAUUUUCAACAUCGUAAACAUGAACAAGAGCCGUAACCUGUUCAAAGACGGAAUGACCCCACUGGUAAAAUCGUCCAGCCGACCGAAAUGGCAACGGCUUCCGCGGUGUGAAGUUUUCUACUACAAGUCAGCGGUCCACCAGAACCACUACGUGCUGAGCUUCGCCUUCGGAUUCGACAAAGAAGAUGAGGUGUACCAGUUUGCAAUGACCUUUCCGUAUUCCUAUUCGAAGCUGCAGGCCUACCUUAAUGCGUUGGAGUCCAAAUUUCCCGAAUCCUUCGAACGGACCACGCUCGGAAUGACUAUUCAAAAUCGCAAACUAGAACUUAUCACAUUCGACGAAGUGAAGAAACCGGAAAAAGUAGACCAGAAAAACCUGAUCCACAUGGUUGUAAUACUAGCAAGGAUACACCCGGGUGAAUCACCUGCUUCUUACGUCGUACAAGGUCUCAUCGAGUAUCUGGCGGCAGCAAAUCAACCCAUAUCGAAGGCCUUACGCGAAAAUGUAGUCUUCAAAAUCAUCCCAAUGCUCAAUCCGGACGGAGUAUUCCUAGGAAAUAACCGAUGCAACGUUAUCGGGCACGAUCUAAACCGAACGUGGAACAAACUGUCUCAGUACACACAUCCGACUCUCGCAGCCGCUAUGAAGAUGUUGAAGGAGUACGAUAAUUCAAGCUGCUAUCAGGUAGACUUCGUUAUUGAUAUCCACGCUCAUUCAACGCUAACGGGCACAUUCAUAUACGGCAGUACGUACGAUAAUGUCUACCGAUAUGAAAGGCAUCUGGUGUUUCCUAAAUUAUUUGCCUCUAAAUGCGAAGACUUUUGCCAGGAGCAUAUGAUGUUCAACGCAGAUGACCGAAAAUCUGGUACAGCGAGAAGGUUUUUCGUGGAUGCGCUUAGCGAUAACGUCAACACCUACACGCUAGAAGUUUCAAUGUGCGGCUACUACUUGAACGGCACCAACAUUCUAACGCAAUACACCGAAGAUGGAUAUAUGCGAAUCGGUCGAAACUUAGCACGAACGUUCCUGGAGUACUACCGCUUCACGAACAUCCUUCCAAUACCGCCGGUAGAUGAGCUGCGGACUCGCAAGGGACGGCCACGAACUCACCGGCCCAGGACAAGAUCCAGGACGCGCAGUGAGAUGCGAACGCGUCCCAAAACCGUACGCACGUACGCUCCCAUAAGUUACACAGACCUCUCGAUCUGCUACGAUAGUUCAAGCUCACCGGAAGGAUCUCCAAUUCGGUACAUGUACUCUACCUAUGGGGGUUUCCGCAUGCGUACCCUCGGACCACCGGAUCAGUAUUCGCUGUCCAGCAUCCAGGGGGCUCGCUUUAGCAAUCUGGAUUUUAGCAGCGACUAUCGAUUCAGGAUUCCGCCCAAACCAAAACCGCCGGUCGAGCAUAAAAUGCCGCCGAUUGAGAUAUUGAACGUUCCGCCAAAACCCUGCCUUACCAUAAUAGACUUCAAUCAGCUAACUCGCGGUGGCCUCGAAGAGGCAACCUCCGGGCGAUCGUUUGAGAGGGAAAAAGAGAAAACUCGGCGUCACACGCUCAAAACCAGCUCGAGAAAAGCAUAA